UACUAUACAACAUAGUGACAAAAGUUUACAUAAUCAAAUCAGCAUGCACAUCACCUUUAUAAGGGAAAACCAUAUGUCAGGAAUUUCAGAAGCAACUAGUCUCCACCAGCAGCUUAGAUCAUCAAAUUAUUUGCAGCAUAUACUACUGAUCCUUUCUUUGUUUUUGUUAGGUAAGUUGGUGUUGUUGGUUCCCCUCUGAAAAGUAAACGAGGAUUGUCCAAUGGAUUCAUCACCGACCACAAUAUCCAACACCUUCAAGUACAAUUCCCCACAUCAACCAAUUUUCAACAUUGUAGAAGCCCCAUUUCAUCACAAAUCCUUUGCGCAGAGCUAUACAACAAGAGAUGCAUCUUUCUCCCCAUAUCUCAAACCCAAAGAACCCGAUCGAUUCCCUUCUCAAGUUGUGACUUCUGUCGCAGACGAUACAGAACUAAACGUUUUUGAUGCCCAAAAGUACUUCAGUGAAAGUACCAAUGAACCUAAAGAAAGCAAAGGAAUAUACUCUUCUCAAUCAAGUCUCAAUCAUGCAUCAGAGCCAAGUGAUGCAGGCUGGCGAUUUUCCUCAGCAUCAUCAACUGUCGAUGGCUACAGCAGAAAUUUCCAGGGACGAUCUUUCCAUGCUACUCCUACGGCUUCUUCUGAAGCUAGUUGGAAUAGCCAGACUGGCCUGCUAUCCAAUCCACCUGGUCCAAUUCCUGUAUCUUUGAUGAAUACUCGUGCUGAUCAUGAUGGAGGCCCGAAUAGAGGUUCCUCUUCGGCUGCCAAGUGGAGGUUUUGUCGAAAAUGCCCGUGUGGUGGGAUGAAAUCCGUUCAAGUUGAUGAAGGGAGCUCAGACCACAGAUCCCAAGCUGUCAAUGAGGACAACCACAAGAAUACUAAACCUGAUGUGUAUCAGAAAAGGCAGGGCCAUAGGUCCCAUGACCAUGAAAAAAUGGUAGAAAAGAUAUCCAGCAUGUCCCAGAAAAGUACGGUAAGUGAUCUUGAUCAUUCAGUAAAAAGACAUCAGACUGUCAGUUCAAAUACUUCAAGGGUUUCACUUCCAUCGGAGAAUCAUUUCAUUCCAACAUCUGUUUCCCAACAACGAAUCCCUGCAUCUGGAAAAGCGCCCUUUACGGAUGGAGCCAUGACAUUUUCUUUCCCUGUCUUGAACCCUUCUUACCCUUUUAAGCCUGAGCAGAAGGGCUUCCUGACAACACCAAAACUCAAUAUCCCUUUAGAUGAACCACAACGGAUAUCAUUGGAAGUUUUUCGGCCCUCAGACCGUACAAUCUCAAGGAAGUCGAUCGAUCAGCAGCGAGUUGCAUUAGGGGCUAAAACCCACGGCAGUCACUUGGAUCGUCGUGGUAAUUUCGCGUUUCCCGGAAGUCCUAUGACCGGCGAAGACGAUGUUGCUAGUGAUGCAAGUUCAGAUUUGUUUGAGAUCGAGAGCUUUUCCACUCAGACCACAUCGUAUCCAAAUCCAAUGUAUCGCAGGCGGGAUUCGCUGGACGAGGCCUCCACGUUCAAUGCAAGGCGAUUGGGAGGUUUCUAUGGUACCGAUGGUCGUGGGAGUCUUGACGAGCCAAUGACACCAACAACCGAGAACUAUGCACCAAGUGAAGCUAGCAUUGAUUGGAGUGUAACAACUGCAGAAGGGUUCGACCGAGCAAGCGUCUCUAACUUCUCCAUAACUGCUUCUGAAAUCGAAGAUUUCUCGAUCACGAGGCGGAGAUCACUGGAGAAAGGAUCCACUCGUCAAGCUUGGAGCGGCGGUGGUGGUGGCAGCGGCGACAACAGUGCUGACGCUGGUAAGAAGAAAGGAACCGGGUUGUUGUUAAGCUGUCGGCAUGAGAGGGCGGUGAGCGUGGGACCUCAUCCGCUGAAAUUUAUGCCGGAGGGUGGUCCACCAUUGCCAUUGAUUUCGACAUCUGCACAUGUGAAUUCUGCGGCAAGUAGGCCACCAAAGCCAAAUGCUCCACCACUUGCCAAGGGUCAUUCUGCACACUUGUCUCUUGCUUUUGCUGCAUAAUGAGGAACGGUUCUAUCUAUAUUUCCAUGUCAGUUUGUAGAUACUUCCUCGUCCUUUUAAAAAAUAUCAUAUUUUUUUAUUUUAAAACGUUUCAAAAUAUUUAUCAUUAUAUGAUAGCCAAAAUUAUUUUUAAUUUCUUUUCCAAUAUCAUUAUGACUAAGUAAUAAACAUUUUUCUACUGCCAUGUCCACAAACGAUUGAGAGUUGGAGACUUCUAUUGUUGAGAAUAUGUCUCUUCAUUUUUACCUCUUUUUGGCUGCUAUUCACAUAGAUGCCUGGAGUUUGAUUUGUUCGAAGUUUAAACACACGGUUUUAUAUAAUGCAAACGCUUCAAUUGUUGUUGGGUUGUUCCUAACACAAUAUACAAAAGCUUCAAUAGUUCA